GGAAGCUGAAGUACCACGAGCAGAAGCUGCUGCGGCGGCUGGAGCUGGCACCUUUCUGAAGCGUGCAGCAUGACAGAGCUUCACGAAGCCGUGGCUUUGGGGGACUACGACCUGGUGGAUGAGAUUUUGAGGACAGGACGCUGCGACCCAAAUCACAAGGAUGUCGACUGGCAUGACAGGACCCCGCUGCACUGGGCUGCUGCAAAAGGGCAAUCGGAGCUGGUCAAGCUCCUCGUGCAUCACGGCGCCCGGCAUUGCCUGCGGAGCGACGCGGGCUGGACUCCGGCUCACUUUGCUGCCGAGUCGGGGAGACUGGGGGUGCUUCGCACCCUUCAUUCCCUGCACGCUGCCAUGGACGCGGCCGACCUCUUCGGCGACACUCCCAAGAGGCUUGCGGAAAUCUACGGUCACCAAGACUGCUCCAGGUUCUUAGAAACAGCAGAGGUGGAGAGCAGAAACUAUCGCAGGACAGCUGCAAUGAAAGGAAUCCCCUUAGACCAGAGAGAUGAAGACUGGGAACUCAAGAAAGAAGAGCUUGAGAGAAACCCACCGUGUUCUUGGGAGAACUACACAUCCUCCGCUCCAAAGAAAAAUCGAAAAAAAAAGAGGGAAGCAGGAACACGCCCUGCCUAUUUGGUGCCACCGACAACUGGCAAUGCAGAGCGAAGACAAUGGCAGACCUCAGAUGCAUCUGCAGGGUGA